CUAUCCCUACCUUCACUGGGUCAAAAUGGCAGAGCUAACAACACUUGAGAGUCUGCUGGAGAUGGGGUUUGAUCGAAACAGAGCAGAGAAGGCAGUGGCCAAUACAGGGAACCAGGGAAUUGAGCAAGCCAUGGAUUGGCUAAUGGAACACGAAAAUGACCCAGACAUCGAUGAGCCCUAUGUGCCGCCAGCGGGCAACGUCCUGGGAGGAGAACCACAGAGCCUGCCCAGCACAGCAGACAGCUCUGAAGGUCAGGAGGGGCAGGAAAGUUUUGAAGGAAUAGCAGGUGGAGACAUCGGCUACAUUGAGACAGAGGACGGCGUCAAACGGCCAAUGACAGAAGAGGAGAAAAAUGAGCAAGUCAAGAGGUCAGAGGAUACUCAAAUCAUUGUGUUGCUUAUCUUUAUUACUAACAGGCAAAGGGUUAAAGAGAAGAUAGCAAGAGACAGAGAAGAAAGAGCACAAAAGUUUGGAGGUAUUGCACCCUCGAGCACCGCUGCGUCAUCCCAGCCUGGCCAGCCCAGUCCGUCUUCACCCACCAGUCAGGGCCCUCCACCCACUAAAAAGGAGUAUGAUGAAUCCAGGAUACAGGUCCGUCUGCUGGACGGCUCGACCAUCACAACAGUCUUCAAGGCCCAGGAGCCGCUGGCGGCAGUGCGCGUCUAUGUGCAGAUGAACGGCAACACGCCCGAGGGUCAGGACUUCACGCUGCUGUCACCUUACCCCCGUCACGUCUACACUGAACUGGAUAUGGAGAAGCCCCUCAAAGAGCUGGGUUUGGUGCCUUCAGCUGUGCUGGUUGUUGCCAAAAAGUAAGAACAGGAGGAUCUGCUCUGUGAGCCUACCUCACCACUUCCACUACAUCGACACCAGAUACCAGAACAUGGACUGACCCACAAACAGAGCUGCAGUCUUUUUCAUUUCACCCAACAAGCCAGAUAACUUAAAUAAAAGCACAGAUGUGUAAUUCCUCUCCAAGUGAUGAUAUGGAGGAAAUUGGUUCGACUAUCAAAAAGAAAAAGGCUUGAUUGAAUCCAUCCUCUUCUGCGCUGGUUUCACCGGCUGUGGGUUGGUGUGUGCAGUGAGCCUGAUAGUGAAGAUAGCUGGUUUCUGACAGAUACUCCUUCAAGGAGCACCACUCAUAGUUUCAACACAUUAAAGAAAAAAAUAGAGAACAAACUUGUUGAGUUUUAACCCGAUCCAUAAAAACACCUGAUUUGGAAAAGACCUUAAGUUUAAUCCCCACAAUCUUCCUGAUUCUGUGACAGUUUGCCUUUUCUUUUUUUUAUAUAAGUUUAAAUAUAUCGACAGCUAUGUCUACCUGGUCACCAAAAAUCUACUUACAAUAAAGCUGACUUGGAAAAUU